UUAUUUCAGUUGAAUUUGCUGCUUUGCGUGAAAACACUGGCUUUCGUUUCGUCCGGCUCAAAGUCUUUCUUACGGAUCACGUUCUCGAGAAUCGGAUGAUUUCGGCUCUGUUCAUGUCGGCAAAGUGGUAUCUUUUGAUGUUUCUGUCGAUCUAGGGAGUUUCGAGGUGUACUGCGAUUCGAUCCCGGUUGAGGAGAUUGUGUGUUGGUACUGAUUGAUCUUGUGGGUAGUUGUGAAAUUAGGGGGGGAUCUGCUGAUGCUCCUGUACUCUGGAUUUUACCUUAUUGUGGAAAUAUCUGAUGCUUGAUGGAUGAUGAUAUUGGGAAAAUAAAAGUUAUCCCAAAUUAUUUCCAGCCGUCAACAAGUGAAGACUCUUCUCCUCCAAACAACCCUUCAGUCAAAUCACCACCAAGGACGGAAAAUUGUUUGAGGUCCGACAGCUAUCUCUGGCCUAAAAAACGUUUUAGAAGUGCGGGUUUCAUGUUGAACUUGUUGAAUCUAAAGGGCCUGCCAUGGGGAUUUGGUGCAGAUGGUCAGGAAAAGGUUGAGCUAACUGCUACUGAACUUGAAUCACUUAGAACACAACUCGGCGAUUUAGAAGAGAGGGAAGCCCACUUAAAAGCACAGUUGGAACAUGUAGAUGAGAUAUUACGGUCUGCUCGUCUGUCCGGCUACCUGCACAUUAGAACUAGAUGGAAGCCACUGCCAGGAGAACCUCCUCCUAUUGAUGAUACAGAUGUCGAUGACUGGCUUCCACGCUUUGUCGUUCUCCAUGGAACGUGCAUCUUUUUUUAUAUGUUUUGUACAGAUUUAAGUCCUCAGGACUCCGCUCUGCUAUCUGAUGUUGUUGAAGUGGGUCCCUUGCCGUGCUUCACUAGAGAAGACAAUACGCAAUACUCCUUCUACAUAUUAACUAGGCAAGGAUUGAGAUACGAGUGCUCAAGUGCUUCCAAAAUACAGGUGGACUCUUGGUUGACCGCCCUACAAGCCGACUGCAAGUCGAACUCCCAGAUUUCCAGAUUGGCCUCCCGAGCCGCGAGGACUCUCCUCUCGGCUUCGAAGCACUCGCGCUUCUACUCUGAGGGAAGAGCAGUUGCGGCAGCUGCAGCAGUCACAAUGGCUGGCAAGUCAUCGAUCUUAUCUUCAAGUUUUGCCCGGGCUGGUUCGGCAAAUGCAUCUAGAGGAUGGAUAACCGGAGCCCUUGCACUUCCCGCUGCAGUUUACAUGCUCCAGGAGCAGGAGGCUCAUGCUGCUGAGCUGGAGCGCUCUUUCAUUGCUAUCAAACCUGACGGAGUGCAGAGGGGGCUGAUUUCAGAGAUCAUCUCACGUUUUGAAAGGAAAGGAUUUAAGCUAGUUGCCAUCAAAAUCGUUGUGCCCUCAAAGGACUUUGCACAGAAGCACUAUCAUGAUCUCAAAGAAAGGCCAUUCUUCAAUGGGCUUUGCGAGUUCCUCAGCUCCGGCCCUGUUGUUGCUAUGGUCUGGGAAGGUGAGGGAGUGAUAAAGUAUGGGAGGAAACUUAUCGGGGCAACUGAUCCCCAGAAAUCAGAACCAGGCACAAUCAGAGGGGAUCUUGCAGUAGUAGUUGGAAGGAAUAUCAUCCAUGGAAGCGAUGGCCCGGAGACAGCCAAGGACGAGAUCAACUUGUGGUUCAAGCCAGAGGAAUUGGUUAAUUACACUAGCAACGCGGAGAAGUGGAUCUAUGGAGUUAACUAGUCAGAUUUUUUCCUUCUAUUGUUUCCCGGGUAUUUAGAUCCCACACGAAGAGGGGGAUAGAAUUAUAUGAGCGAGAAUAAAAGUAAUAAUUCUGUUGAGGCAGAGUACCCACAUGAAUCUCCAUGAACGAUCGACAUUGACUGGAGCUCUCUAGCAAUAAUGUUAUGUCAGCAGAUUUUCAAAUUGAUUCAAUUGAUGAAGUCUUGAGGUUUCGUGUA